AUGACGUAGUAAACAACUCCAGGCAAGCUUCAAAUGAAAAGUUUAAACGAAGUUCCUCCUCCGCAGCCACUCAAUCUGUGAAGCGCCUUAAAGGUUCUGAUCAUUGUCUAGUUGUGGAACACCUUGAAGGUGAAUACAUCAGACGCUCCAAUCUAAAACCACUGCUGUGGGACUGCCGCAUUCAACUACCUAUUGAUGAAGUCUACACAAGGUUACAAAUGAAAUGGAGAAAGAAGGCGUGCUUUAAGCUAACAGAGGAGGAGGUUCACAUGUACGAAAUUUUCAAACCUGCUAGGGAGGGUGAAAAGGGCGCCAGAAUGGUACUUGUAGAAGGAAACCCUGGGAUUGGGAAGACUACAUUUUGCCUUAAAAUUGCGCGUGAUUGGGCCAAAAAAUUAGUACCAGUUGAGUUUCAUUUCCCCAUGUUUCAUUGGGUGUUCCUUCUUACAUGCUGUGAUAUUCACAAAGAUAUUAAAGACAUAGUACAAGCCAUCGAUGAGCAACUUCUGCAUGAUGACAUGAAAAAUAAAAAACGUUUUUUGAAUUACAUCAGGGAUGAAAGGAACCAGAACAAGAUUCUAGUAAUCUUAGAUGGCCUUGAUGAGUUACCAGAGGCAUCAGAAAAAGUCGUAGAUAGGCUAUUUAGAAGAAAAGUUUUCUCGCGCUGUUUUAUUUUGGCCACAUCACGCGAAGAAAAAGGAAUCGAUGUCCGGCGGCGCUAUGACUUUGAUACACUUUUGCAGAUUAAAGGGUUCACCUCAAAGGACGCUACAGAUUACGUCAGAAAGCAUUUUAAAAGCGUUGAUCCACAAAAUUUGUCAAAAGGCGAGAGGCUCAUUGAAGCUGUUCAAACAAAUACUCACCUAAGUGUGCUAAGAAGCAAUCCGUUGAAUCUACUUCUCUUGUGCGUUGUCUUUGAAGACUUUGAAGGGGAACUACCAUCUAAUCGCACUAAGCUUUAUCAGAUUAUUUUUCGAUGCUUGUUGAGGCGAUAUUGCUCCCGAAAUGGCUUGAACGUUCAUCGGAAUGCCGACAAAGCCCUAGAGAAUCAAUUUAAAGAGUCCCUACUUGUGCUAGGGGAGUUAGCGUGGAAUUGUCUUCGAGAAGACCGCCAUUCGUUUUCGGAAGAGGAACUGGACAAGUUAGAACAUUCGAGGACCCAUGUGAGAAGAUUUCCAGCUAUCAAAUUGGGCCUUGUUUUCAUGGAAGCCAGUUCAAGGCCAAGUCAGGAACCAAGACAUCAGUGUCAUUUUCUUCACAAAACAUUUCAAGAGUUUUUAGCUGCCUUUUACCUAGCGAACCAGUUGUCAAGGAGACAACUUAACCUUACUGAUCAUUCUGUUUUCCGCAAAGAAAGUAUGUUAGGUAGAUACAAAGAAGUAUUUUUCUUUUUAGCUGGCAUAUUAGGCAGGGAAGGAACGGUGUUUUUCAAAGAGAUCGUAACGAUUUUAAGAGAAGACUUGCACUGGGACUACGCAGAGUGUGAGUUCUUACUUGAGCUUUUAAAAGAGAGUGGUGCUGCAGACGAUUUAGGCAAAGUUGCCUGCUCCCUUAUUCCAUUACCAAACGUUUUGAAGUUGGAUCAGCUCCAGCGGUCUUGGUUGAAACUUAUACGAUAUGUGUGCGAAGGCGCCAUACUCGAAGGUGAUGUGGCAUCAGUGCAGCUUACUAAACUGAGCCUGUCGGACGUGCAGUUUUUCAGUAAAGACAAUGUGAACGAUCUCCAUGGAAUUCUCGGAAGCAGUCAAACUCUCACAGAGCUUGUCAUUGGUAAUAUCGAGAACAUGUCCCCUGAUGUUGCAGAUCUGUUCGCUGAGAGUUUGUCGUCAAGCACUUCACUAAGAACAGCCACGCUACAACUGUUUGACGUGAGUACUGAGAGGUGCGCCAGUAAUGUUAGUACCUUGUUAUCGAAUCUCUCGCAAUUGGAAUGUCUUUCGCUUGAAGUCUUUGGUGUUCUGAACAACACUGCUGCACAAGCCGUGAAAGCGUUAUUCAAAUCAUCGCUAAUUUCUCUCGUGCUUAUUGUUCAUGGGGAUCAGAAUGACUGUUUAAUGUCGACUGUUAGUGAAGGACUUGCAGAAGAAACCGCGGUGGAGUCUCUUAGUCUUGUCGUUUAUGGAAGAGUUAGCAACCCUGGAAUCGUAGCAGUGCAGAAAGGUGUUCUGCGAAAUAGAACUUUGCACUCUUUAGAGUUAAAGGUUUACGGAGAUAUCCCAGAAGCGUGGAUGGCAGCUGUUGCUACCGUACUGGCAGCCAAUAAGUCAUGGAAGUCUCUUAUUAUUCAUCCAAAUGUGUGCGGGAAAAUUAAAUAUGAAGCAGGUUUGCUGCCCUAUCCUAUUCUAGGUGAUGCCCCACUAGAGAAGUCAUUAACCGUGAACGUCUGUGGUGAACUGAGCGUUCACAGCUUAAAAGCCCUUACAGAGUUUUUCAAGGAAAGUUCGCCACUAUCUGGUUUGCAGUUGAAUGUCCAAAGUAAACAAAGCAAUGAAGUCGUGGAUUGUCUCGUAGACUAUUUUCUGGCUAACAAUUCACUGUCCUCACACAGUAUUAUUAACCUUAGUGGUGAAAUCAGAAGCUACGAAGGAACUGCUCUUCAGAGAUUAGUUCAAGAGGGUCAAAAGCAUUCUGUCUCAGUGCACUUGAAUGGUCUUGAUGAGGAUCACUUUUUAAGUGGUUUUUAUACUCUCGCCAAUGUUUCGUCAGCGUCGGCCACGUUUUUAGUUGAUGGAAAGACUGCCACAUACCUUGAAGUCAUCAAACUAUUAAGCUCUGCGACAACAUCCACGUUCAGUCUCACAGUUAACAAUCACGAUGAAGACAACACGGGAAAGUGGGCCAGCGGUGUGGGUGAUGGUUUGGCGAACAGCAGAUCACUAACUACAUUCAGUCUCACAGUUAACAAUUACGCUGAAGACAUCACGGGAGACUGGGCCAGCGGUGUGGGUCAUGGUUUGGCGAACAGCAGAUCACUAACUACAUUCAGUCUCACAGUUAACAAUCACGCUGAAGACAUCAUGGGAGACUGGGCCAGCGGUGUGGGUGAUGGUUUGGCGAACAGCAGAUCACUAACUACAUUCAGUCUCACAGUUAACAAUUACGCUGAAGACAUCACGGGACACUGGGCCAGGGGGGUGGGUGAUGGUUUGGCGAACAGCAGAUCACUAACUACAUUCAGUCUCACAGUUAACAAUCACGCUAAAGACAUCAUGGGAAACUGGGCCAGCGGUGUGGGUGAUGGUUUGGCGAACAGCAGAUCACUAACUACAUUCAGUCUCACAGUUAACAAUCACGAUGUAGACAUCACUGGCGACUGGGCCAGCGGUGUGGGUGAUGGUUUGGCGAACAGCAGAUCACUAACUACAUUCAGUCUCACAGUUAACAAUCACGCUGAAAACAUGGGACUCUGGGCCAGCGGUGUGGGUGAUGGUUUGGCGAACAGCAGAUCACUAACUACAUUCAGUCUCACAGUUAACAAUCACGCUGAAGACAUCACGGGAGACUGGGCCAGCGGUGUGGGUGAUGGUUUGGCGAAGAGCACAUCAUUAACUACAUUCAGUCUCACAGUUAACAGUCACGCUGAAGACGAGGGAUACUGGGCCAGCUUUGUGGCUAAUGGUUUGGCGAAGAGCACAUCAUUAACUACAUUCAGUCUCACAGUUAACAAUCACGCUAAAGACAUGGGACGCUGGGCCAGCGGUGUGGGUAAUGGUUUGGCGAACAGCAGAUCACUAACUACAUUCAGUCUCACAGUUAACAAUCACGCUGAAGACAUGGGACUCUGGGCCAGCGGUGUGGGUGAUGGUUUGGCGAACAGCAGCUCAUUAACUACAUUCAGUCUUACCGUUAACAAUCACGCGGGCGAAAUAGGUCGCUGGACGAACGACUUAAGCAAGGGCUUGGUAGAGAGCGGUUCUUUAACAACGAUAAGAGUAGCAUUUAACUUGUACGGUGAGGACAGAAUUCGCUAGAUGUUUAGCCAGUCUCUCUCCCAUCCAUUUUUUCCCUUUCUAUUGAAUGCGUGGAUAGAACUUCGUAGAGCUAGAAAUUAGGAUAAGGACACAGUUGAAGAGAAACAACCGUGUUAAAAUUCAUUUUAUUUGUCGGUAGAGACUGUAAGAAGUUUACUAAAAUUUUUUGGUCGGGACACAAGAAUUCAAACACUUAACAUACUUUUCUUCGUCUUAUGCUUAGCAGUGUUGUUAGUGAAGUGUAUUUGCUUGUACAUGAAAGAGUUCAUUUUUAGUAGGUGUUAAAAAUAGCAUUUGUUCGUGCUAGUUUUACUCUUUGCACAAUCUGUGUCAGGGUGGCAAAUUUUUGGUUCGAACCAGCAGUAUACAUUAAUCUAUAGCUGACAAAAAAGACAGAAGAACAUCGGUCCGCAAACAUGAAUUAGAAACACGGCCCUUUGCGCCUUUUAACGCGAGGAGUGCGUAUGCUAUUGGUUAGAAACGAACUUGUAGAACUGAUGCGUUGAAAAUACCAGAAUACCGGGAUGAAAAUGAAACCGAGGUUGCUGAACAUUGUAGUUUUAUUACGCCACUGGUACAGUUUUAGUGAUCUUUUUUAUUUACUGUUGUGAACGUUUUGUAAGAUGAGCCUAAAGGUAGAUGCGCUGUAUCAAAUUUUCUGUGAACUAAAGUUUCUUUAAAAUUUA